AUGCCCUCUCUGCGAGAUUUAUCACUAGAAAGGGACCAAGAAUUAAAUCAGUUACGUGCCCGUAUCAACCAGCUGGGCAAAACAGGCAAAGAAGAAGCCAAUGAUUUUGUUGGUUUAAAUAUUUCAAAUGAACCUGUAUAUGACACGGUGAUUCAAACAGGACAGAGCUCUAACGCAACGAAUAGUUUUGUACAAGAAACUAUUCAGAAGACGAAACAAAAAGAGAGUGGUCAGCCAUAUAUUAUCCCCCAAAAAAACGAACAUCAGCGUUACAUCGAUAAGGUUUGCGAAACCAGCGAUCUCAAAGCCAAAUUAGCGCCUAUUAUGGAAGUGCUCGAGAAGAAAACGAAUGAAAAAAUUAAGGGAAUAAUAAGGAAAAGGGUAUUACAGGAACCCGACCGUGACAAUGAUGAUAGCGGCUGA